AUGUUGCCAUAUAUUGUCGCGUUUCUGGGCUUAGCCAGUGCCUCAGUGCUGUCUGUCAAUAUCGAACCUGUGCAGCGUUGUAACGAGCAGGAGCCUAGCGCCGAGUACUUGGAAUUUGCUAGUCAGCUUCGCAGCGGAAACUAUACGGUCCCUGAGUCCCAAGAUGGCGAGUUGAUUCAAGUCGACACCUAUUUCCAUGUCCUUGCCAACUCAUCAUCAGAAGCUGAUGGCUAUUUAUCAAAUAAAACAGUUGAGGCUCAAAUGACGGCUCUUAAUGAACACUGGAAGGCAUCUGGCUUUCAGUUUAAUCUUAUAAACACAACCUGGACGAUUGACGGGAAAUGGUCGAUGGAUACGGACCAAUUGGCGAUGAAAAAGACGCUGCGCAGGGGAGACUACAAGGCGCUCAAUUUGUAUUUCCUAAGGAAGAUGAAAGCGCUGGGAUAUUGCUACUUACCUGGGCAUGUCACUGAGGGCUCUGAUGCCUUUUAUCGCGACGGCUGCACCAACUUGGCUGCCACAGUCCCAGGAGGUGGUGCCGGCAAAGGGCGCUUUGAAGAAGGCAAAACUGCUACACAUGAAGUUGGACAUUGGCUAGGACUACUGCACACCUUCCAAGGAGGAUGUAGCGGUGAUGGCGAUGAAGUUGAUGACACGCCGCUCCAAGGAAAGGCUACUAGUGGCUGUCCGAAGGAUAAAGACACUUGCCCUGAUCACCCUGGAAAGGACCCGGUGCAUAACUAUAUGGAUUACAGUGACGAUCCAUGCCUGUCGGAGUUUACUCCAGGACAGGCAAAGCGGGCCAAAGCAAUGUGGGAGAAGUUCCGGGCAAAGUAA